AUGGAGAAGUGGGACAAAUCCAAUCACGUUGCAAUGCUCGUGAUGAAUUCUUCCAUUUCACCUGAGAUUAUUGGGGCUCUCCCCAAGAAAGAUACUGCUAAGGAAUUUAUGGAAGCCUUGGUGGAGCAAUUCAAAGGCUCUAAAAAGGUUUAUGCUCAUGAGCUUUUUCACAAGCUACUUGGCAAGUAUAAAAAUGAUGGUGAUGUUAGGGGACACAUACUGAGAAUGAUAAAUGCUUCAAAUAAACUGAAGCACCUAAAGUGUGAGCUCAGUGACAACCUCCUUAUCAUCAUGAUCUUGGAGUCCCUCCCUGAAGAGUUCGAUCAGUUCAAGAUCAACUACAAUUCCAUGAAGGAGAAGUGGACACUUGCUGAGAUAUCCCCUCGGAUUGUCCAGGAAGAAGAACGAAUGAUAAGGCAGAACAAGGAUCAGGCUUUUCAUGUUGUCUCCUCAAAGAGAAAGCAUGACGGGUCAGGCCCUUCAAAAUCGCCAAAGAAAACCUUCAAGAAGGAAAUGCCAAAGUUUAAAGGAAAGGAAAAGGAAAAGGAUAAUGGACAAUCUUCAGCGCCUACUGAUAAUGUGCAGCUGCUCACGUUGCUAAUUCUAUGCAUGGAUUAA